AUGGCUGGGAUGGCGGCGCUGCAGGGCGCCAUGGCGUCGCUCUCCAUCUCUGCGCCCGGCGCGGCGAGCACCAGCAGCUUCUGGGGCAACCGGCUCGCCACCUAUUCCGCGCCGCAGCCUGGGAUAAGAUUUAUGGUCAAGAUAUGCCCCAUUGAAAUGAGACUUAAGAGAUGGGAGCGAAAGAAGUGUAAACCAAACAGCCUUCCUGUGCUGCACAAGAUGCAUGUUAGGAUUGGGGACACGGUACAGGUCAUUGCAGGCCGUGAGAAAGGAAAGGUUGGAGAAGUUACACGCCUUUUCAAGCACAACAGCACGGUGCUUGUGAAGGACCUGAACUUGAAGUCGAAGCACAAGAAAGGCACAGAUGAUGAACCCGGUGAAAUCGUCAUGAUUGAAGGCCCCAUUCAUAGCUCAAAUGUGAUGCUCUACUCGAAGGAGAAGAGUGUGGCAAGCAGGGUUGGCCACAAAUUCCUCGAGGACGGGACCAAGGUCCGAUACCUGGUCAAGACCGGUGAAGUAAUUGACAGUGUUGAGAAGUGGGUAAAGGUGUUUAAGGAAGGAAAUUCGGAGUAA